AUGGAGUUACUAUCAUGGCUGACCAAUGGACUGAAGGAAAUAUUACUUGAACAAAAUAGCGAAGGGGAGAACUUUUUCCAUGAGGUGGCGCGCUCUGGAAGUUUCUCACUCUUAUCCAGAUUUGCCCCUUACGUCCGUGGAUUUGAUGCUGCGGCAGGUUUGAAUACCCGAAAUCAUAACGGGCAAAUGGCCUUACAUGUUGCGGCAGUUACCCACGACAAAUUAUAUGCAGUGAAAUUGAUUCAAGUUCUAAAAGAGUUGGGAGCUGACAUCAACGGGCAAGAAGGUGCAGAAGGUAAUACUGUUUUGCACUUAGCAGUUUCACAACAAAGAUAUGAGCUGGCAGAGUGGCUGUCCUUUCAGGAAGAUAUCGAUUUGGAAAUUCGCAAUAACGACAAUCUGACACCCUUGGAAAUGGCUAAGAGCAAGAAGGAUAAGAAAAUGAUGAAAAUUUUGAAAAACGGUUACAAUCAGAGACGCUGA